UGUACGUGAACUCACCACGCAGCGAACCGUUCGCCGCGUCUUUUCCGAGCUCAUCUUCGACCUCGUCGGAACCGGAACCGCCUGGUCGGGUUUCGUCCGCCUCUUAGUGGAUGCCCUGGCCUGGCGGCCGGCGACGGGCUACUGGAGGCCGCUGGGCUGCUUCGAGGCUCCCCCCUCGAAAACAACAACAAUGGCAGAUUGUUUAAAAGCAAUGAUGGUGAGCGUCAACAAGUCCAAGAAGCUGUUAAGAUGAAGAGAAGUUACGGUGGAAGAAGGUACCAGGACCUUCAAAGCGUCUCCAUUGAUUAUCCAAGCAGCAGCUGCUCUGGUCUGGCCAAGGGUGCCAGGCUUCCUCCCAGACUGUUGUUGAAGGACAUGUGGCCUCACAGCAGAGGAACCUUCCAGCCUCAGGACCGAGGUGCCCACUCCUGGACUCCAAAUGUACAACCGGCACAGGAGUGGCUCUGGACAGACGGAGCAGGACACUCCAGUCAGCAGCAUAUGUGGACAGUCACAACAGGCAGGGACGAGGACAGACGCCAGCAUCAGGCCUUCAGUGGUCGCGCUUCAGAACCAGAGCGGACUUGGAACUUUUGCAGAAACGUCUUCUGCAGGCCUGGUACUGAAGUAGCAAACGUUGGUGGUGUCCAAAACAACGCAGACAUUUCCAUGCUUCAGCCUGGUGAGGAAGAGGAGAAGAAGCCACCAGUGACCUUCAGUAAGAAGGAGCCUCGCACCUUCGCCCCAGGAAGCCAGGAGGAGCGUUGGCAGCUCCAGAUCGUCGCCAGAGGCCGAGCGAAGUGUCCCAAAUGUAAAAGUGUGAGCAGGAAGACGGUGGAAGGUCUCAAGAAGCACAUGGACAACUGCAGCGUGGUCAGCACCACUCACGUCCAACACAAGCGUUUACGUGCCAACACUGCGGGAAGCAGCUCAAGUCUUCCACGGGGAUGAAGUAUCACGUCAUGGCCGACCACAGCAACCCGCCGUCAGUGGAAGACACCCAGGACCUGGGCCAACGCGCUGUCAAAGACAAACUAAGGAAAAUUCUGAAGCAGUUGGGCAAGGUCAAGUGCU